AUGACCUUUAAUGCUACGGAGAUGUGUCUGAGAAGAAACAACAUUAAUCUAACAACAACCAUAGAUUCCAACAUUUGUAAAAGCGAAGCCAUUGGUAUGGAAUAUGAAUUAGAUUGGGCUGGACAUCAUCAUCAUCAUUCAUCUACUUCAAUAGUCUUCUUCUCAGCUACAUUGUUUAUUCCUUUAUCUCUGAAAAUCACUAUACGUGACGGGUUUCACGAGAUUCUUUAA